AUGUCGCUUUCGGAUGGAGGCCGCGCUACAGUCAGCAUCUCCACUCGCAGGGGUGUGCUUCCGCAACAUGCUCUAUCCAAUCGCAGUCCCCAGGAAAAUGCAACGACGGGACUCCUGAUACAAGCACAGAGCGCCUUGAAUACAAGGGAUACCUGGAAUGUGUACUCGAUCGUAUCGCCGACAGUCUCGGGCCGUGCUAACUUCGAGGUCCGGCCUUCAAGGCAGCAGGCUUAG